AGGGGCGCGGGGAGGCGGUGCGGCCCGUCCGCAGCGGCCGGGACAGCGGGGAGGGAGCCCGGGGGUAGGUGGCCCCGGCGACAGCGGGCCGGGCGCGGGCGGCCCUCGGCGGCGAGCGAGGAGGAGCAGCCGGGGAAGCCUCGGUGAGGCGCGGAGCCGCUGCGGGGAUGAAGGACCGGCUGGCCGACCUGGCAGAGGUAUACUUCUUCCCUUUUCCUGUUUCUAAACAUGUCCAAUGUUGGGGGAAUACGUGCCAAAUUUCAGUGAUGGUCCACACUUCCUGGAAAGAGGAAGCAGCAAACGUGUAAAGGAAAUGAAGAUGGGGAGACGGUUAUUGUUGAAAAAGACCAUUUUAUGGAUGACUUUUUCCAACAGGUUGAGGAACUUAGAAAUAAUAUAGCAAAAAUAGCACAAAAUGUGGAAGAAGUGAAGAAGCAGCACAGCAUUAUCCUGUCAGCACCAAAUCCUGAAGGAAGAACGAAGGAAGAACUUGAAGAAUUAAAUGAGGAAAUAAAGAAGAUAGCUAAUAAAAUCCGAGCCAGGUUAAAGGCUAUUGAACAAAGUUUUGAUCAGGGUGAAAAUGCUAAUCGGACAUCAGUGGACCUCAGGAUUAGAAAAACACAGCACUCUGUAUUAGCUCACAAGUUUGUGGAGGUCAUGACGGAAUACAACGAGACCCAAACUCUUUUUCGAGAACGCAGCAAAGGUCGGAUACAGAGACAAUUAGAGAUAACUGGAAAGACCACCACUGAUGAGGAACUGGAAGAAAUGUUAGAGAGUGGUAACCCUUCAAUUUUCACUUCUGAUAUUAUAUCAGAUUCUCAAAUAACUAGGCAAGCUCUGAAUGAAAUUGAGUCACGUCACAAGGAUAUUAUGAAACUGGAAUCUAGCAUACGGGAACUACAUGAAAUGUUUAUGGACAUGGCAAUGUUUGUUGAGACGCAGGGUGAAAUGAUCAACAAUAUAGAAAAGAACGUGAUGAAUGCAUCAGAUUAUGUGGAACAUGCAAAAGAAGAGACAAAAAAGGCAGUUAAAUAUCAAAGUAAAGCACGAAGGAAAAUGUGGAUAAUUAUCAUUUUGUCAUUGGUGUUGAUUGCCAUAAUUGGUCUAAUUAUUGGUUUGUGUGUUGGUGUUCGGUGAUGCUUGGAUAACCUCAGCAUGCAUGACUUCCUGCCAGAGUGGCAAAAUUGAUGUUCAUAAUUAUAUGUGUAACUGUAUUGCUUCUGAUACUUGGAAUUAUCCUAGCAACAACACUAUCAUAGCGAGCACAUUCCAAGAGUUACGAACCUUCAGAAACUCCAAAAUGCGUCUUCAGUAAAACCAAACCUUAUUUCAUAAAUGAUGCCUUACACAGUUCCAUGAUGAUGACCUAUCACUAAUGGCUAAAAAUGAAAACAAAAUCACUCUUAAUGUUUACUCAUAAAGGAAGAUUAGAAUGUAUUAGGAUAUGUAUGGAUUUUCAUCAUAAACUAUACAUUUGUAAGACCGAAACUUGCUCUUAAUUGUUUUGAACUAAAGUAACUUACGGCUAUUUUCGUAUCUCAGUGUUACAAACAAUUUACAUAGGGAGUUGAGAGACUAUUGAGUUUUGACUGUUUGGCUUUUUUUUCCUAUUGCUAAUAUAAUUCUAAUCACAAAUUUUAGUAUGUUACCAGUGCUGUUUUGUUAGCACUCUUGCGAAUGUUUUUAUGAGAUGUAGCCUUGUCUUUAAGUGUAUUAAUUAUUUAGUCACCUUAACCUAUCUAAGCUUUAUACUUAAAUUUUUUUCUCCAACAAGCGCUAAAAUAUUUUAUCCUGAAAAGACUCCUUAUUUAAUUGUCUGCCUAUUGCAUUACACUUGAGAAGAAAAAAAGAAAAACAAACAAAAAAACUUUUCUAUAGUUUCCAGUUUUGUUUUGUUUUUUUUCUUUCAGUGUGACUGAGGUUAAUUGCUUUACAUAUUUCCUUGCCUUUUAUAAUAAAAAGUUAGUUGCAACAUUGCUGGUAAAAGAAUGCAGUAAUGAAGCACAGGGAAUUUCAAUUUAAGCAGAUAAUUUUACAAAUAAUCCUUGAACAAAGGAAACUGAUGGCUCAGUUCAGCCGUAUUGUUCGUAUGAAUGUGACAAAAAUCACAGUUUCUCUAGAAAGCCAAGUCAAGAUUUCUUAUUCAGAAGCUUGCUUAUGUUGAUGUGUGACUAUAGCACACAGGGAUAAACUCCCUCAGAAAAGUCUGAAACAUAAUACAAACUAAGACACUGAUUUGUUAUGAAAUGUUUGUGUUCUAUAACAUAUAUGAAGUGUUUUAGUAUACACAUAUCUGUUGUAACGCUAGCUUGUGAGACUUGAAAGCUUGAAAGACUUCAUAUGUAACCAAUAACUGCAUUUAAUGUUACAGGUUAUUUUUGUAUUUUGUGUGUAAAAUAUUUGUAACAUGAAUUUUUGACUUCUCAUUGUUUAAGGAUUUCCAUGUAGAUAUGUAGAUAUAUUUACACUGUAAGAGAAUUAGAGGAAAAUUUAACGUGUGCCUUUUUAAAUACAGUGUUUCCAAAUACUCAGUUAUAAUGUUAACUGCAAUAACUUGCUCCUAAAAGGUCUAAAAGGUUAGAAUCCUUAAACUUACAUUUUGUUGAAAGUGUCUGAGAUCAAACUUACUCAGUAAACUAUAAUUCAGUCUGUUGACUUAAUGAAAUUCAGCAAAGUUUACAAUUUAUGUUGUAUGUAUGAAUAUUCCUGCUUUGCUGUCCAAAUACACUGUGAAUGUGCUGGA